AUGGCUGCGGCAACGCCAUCAGAAGGCAAAGGCCAGACCACAACGGGCGACCAUGAAUUGGAAAACAUGGCGGACAAGAAGCCGACGCUGCCGGUGGAGGAGGACCUGAUGCAGUUGGCGCGCCUGGGCGAAAUCGGGGCCAUCCAAAAGCUUUUCGACAGCGGCAAGUAUGAUGCGACAUACAAGGACGAGCAGGGCAUAACACCGCUUCAUUGGGCCGCCAUCAACAACCACUACGCCCUCUGCCACUACCUCAUCCAAGCCGGCGCACCCAUCAACGCAAAGGGCGGCGAUGCCGUCGCAACGCCCGUCCUAUGGGCAGCCAAGCGCUGCAACUACUACGUCGUCAACCUCCUUCUCGAUCAUGGCGCCGACCCGCUUCUCACCGACGACCAAGGCUUCAAUCUCUUGCACAGCGCGACCCUCGACGGCAACGUCUAUCAGAUUGUCCUGCUUCUACACCAAGACAUACCCGUUGAUAUACCAGACUCACAGAGCCAUACACCUCUAAUGUGGGCUGCAUACAAAGGCUAUCCGUCUUGCGUCGAUCUGUUUCUCCGAUGGGGCGCAAACGUAUACGCGACAGAUGACCAGGGCUUCACAGCAUUGCACUGGGCCCUCGUAAAGGGCAGUCAAGGAUCGAUCCAGAAAUUGCUCGAAUACGGGGCGGACCGGUUUGCUAAGAACAAUGAUGGGAAGACGCCAGAAGUCACGGCACAGGAAAUGAGCACAACUCGUCAAUGGCACCGUGCCCUUUCAGAGGCUGGCUUCGAUCGCAAUGGGAAUCCGAGGCAGUUCCCUGUGCCUGGUGUAAAGGAUGCAAGGUGGUUUUUAAAUCGCUUCAUCUUCUUCUGGCCAUCUGUCAUACUCUUUGUUGCGCUGUUCUUGGUCAGCCACUACCCUGCCUUUAUUGGCAUACCCCUAGCAUUGAUUGGUUCAUAUGGUAUGCAAUGGGGCGUGCAGAAGCUAUUGAAAUGGGCACCCUCGAAUAUGAGAAGCAUACAUCAUACUCCCUUUUUGGCCGGUAUCUUUGCUGCCACGUUAUUCUGGGUUGGGUUUCGUUGGAUUACGACAGUUCUCCCAUGGACAAUACGGACUAACUUCUUCCUCAACCUGUUAUUCGCGACCUUUUACGGUCUCACGGCGUAUUUUUACUUCUUCACCAUGACUAGUGAUCCUGGCUUUGUGCCCAAGUCGGCGAGCAGGAGCGCUUCUAAGGCCGUUAUCGAUGAGCUUAUGGAGCUUCGACAAUUUGAUGAGCACCAUUUCUGCGUGAACUGUAUGGUGCGAAAGCCUUUGCGUAGUAAGCAUUGCAAGCGAUGCGAGCGCUGUGUUGCAAAAAGUGAUCACCACUGUCCAUGGGUGAACAAUUGUGUCGCGAACAACAAUCAUCGGCACUUUGUGCUGUACAUUCUGUCACUGGAAACGGGCAUUAUUUUUUUCAUCAGAUUAGUGCUUGCUUACUUGGAGAUUCGCGAAGCGCCCAAAGCCUUUGCAGAGUGCGUCAUCAUCUCGCCAGAACUAUGCAAGGUUUUGAACAAGGACCCAUUUACGAUUGUGCUCUCGAUAUGGGCGGCUUUCCAGUUGACAUGGGUCACCAUGUUGCUGUGUGUCCAGCUUCUCCAGAUUGCGCGUAAUCUUACCACGUACGAAAGCAUGCGUGGACACCUCCAUAACCACACGACUGCCGAUGCUGUCAACUCGUUUGUCACAACUGGCGACACUAGUCAAGAGGUAUCCGGUGGCGGCAACGCACCAACAAACGGCUUUGGGUCUGGCCAAGAUACUGGCGACGUACCGCGCCGUCCCGAACCUAAAGCGUCUAUUCUGGAUCAAUGGAAGCGUCUCCUUGGCAUUGACACUUUUGUCACGAUUGCGCUGCAGGGGAGUCAGGGCGGGCAGACACGCCGGCAACGACAAGUCAACCCUUUCUCCAGGGGCAUUGCUACAAACUGCAAGGAUUUCUGGUGCGAUGCGAGUCCACUGUUUGGAUCCAAAGAGGGCGGGUACGCGAGGUUGGGUGGGGAGAGGGUGGAUUACACACGGCUAUAUGAAGUACCCAAGAUGAAGUAUCAACGGAGUGGCGGAGGAGAGGCGGGUAGGUACGAGAUCUCACCCGAAGACAUGGAGAGGCACCACGGCCCCAUGGCAGAGUAUGAUGCGCGCGUCGAGUGCGGCCGGUUGCGAGACGAUGAACACCAGCGAAAUAUUAUCAGAAACCUGCAAGACCUACACGACAUGUUGACAAACUACACACAACCUCCGGUUCAGCAACCUACCGUUGAUUCUCUCCAGCCACCCAAGAAGGGAGGAUUAUUCUCUUUUCUCUCCAUGUCCAAGCCCACCGGAUCGUCACUGCCACCAAUACCCGACUCGCUACCCAAGGGCAUUUACAUGUUUGGGGAUGUAGGCAGCGGAAAGACGAUGAUGAUGGAUCUGUUCUACGACACACUACCGGCCAACAUUACUAGGAAGACGAGGAUCCACUUUCAUGACUUUAUGCAGAGUGUGCACCGGGACCUGCACAAGAUGAAGAUGACGCACGGCAAUGACAUUGAUGGGAUACCGUUUGUGGCAGCUGGGAUAGCCGAGCGAUCGUCGGUGCUUUGCUUUGACGAAUUUCAAUGUACAGACGUUGCGGACGCCAUGAUUCUCCGACGGCUGAUGGAGGGCUUGAUGGCGCAUGGCACUGUGAUUGUGACUACGUCUAACAGGCACCCCGACGACUUGUACAAGAACGGAAUCCAACGCGAGUCGUUCAUUCCAUGUAUCAAUCUCCUCAAAAGCCGGCUUACCGUGCUGAAUCUUGACUCGACAACGGAUUACCGCAAGAUUCCGCGUCCGCCGUCCGGGGUAUAUCACCAUCCUUUGGACGCAUCUGCGCAAACCCACGUCGAGCGGUGGUUCCGAUUUCUCGGCGAUUUUGAGAACGAUCCGCCACACCCUGCUGUGCAUGAGGUUUGGGGCAGGGAGAUUCAUGUACCCAAGGCCAGUGGCAAGUGUGCCGUGUUCAGCUUCGACGACAUUAUAGGGCGUGCUACAGGCGCUGCCGACUACCUUGAGCUCACUCGGCAAUAUGAAGCGUUUAUUGUUACUGGGGUGCCAGGAAUGAACUACCGGAGUCGAGAUUUGGCUAGAAGAUUCAUCACAUUUAUCGAUGCAGUCUAUGAAUCCAGGGCCAAGUUGGUUAUGACGACGGCGGUGCCUCUGACAGCCCUCUUCCUUGACGAAGCCGAGCUCAGCGAUGCGGUAGCAGCAACGAAGAAGGCGGGAAAGCUACCUGGUUCUUCGUCUUCACCGUCAUCGCAAAAGUCGCCGGCAGGCAACAAGGAUGACGAAGAAGCAAUUUCAGAUGUAAUGCGCAAUCUCAUGGAUGACCUGGGCAUGAACAUGGACAUGCUCAAGAAUUCGUCCAUUUUCAGCGGGGAUGAGGAGAAGUUUGCAUUUGCUCGGGCUCUGUCUAGGUUGAGCGAGAUGGGUAGUCAGGAAUGGGUGGACAGAGGGCUGGGGCUGGAGAAGAGGGGCGGCAAGGGGGAGAUGGAGGGAUGGCAGAAGGUGAGGUCGAGGUGGAGGGAAGACAGCAUGUAG